AUGGAGAUGGAACGUGUCUUCGAAUUUCCUCACACUCACAUGGAUCAACGCCCAAGAAAGAGAGCGCGGUUGGGCUGGGACAUCCCUGAGGCUCCUAAGGCUCAGGUAGGAUUGUUUUGUGGACAAGAUGUUGGGACUAUUUCCAGCUAUGCUCCUUCAAGUGGUCCCUCAGAACAUACCACUAGUUCUCUAUUUGUUAAGGCAGUUGCUCAAAAUGGUUCUCCCUCUUGGCGAGACGAUGACAAAGAUGGACAUUACAUGUUUGCGCUUGGAGAUAAUUUAACUUCUCGCUAUAAGAUCCAUAACAAAUUGGGUGAAGGAACUUUUGGGAAGGUAGUAGAAUGUUGGGACAGAGAAAGGAGGGAAAUUGUUGCAAUAAAAAUUGUCCGUGGAAUAAAGAAGUAUCGAGAAGCAGCCAUGAUAGAAAUUGAGGUGUUGCAACAGCUUGGUAAACAUGAUAAAGGAGGCAAUCGGUAA